CAUACACAGCUCCGCUACCCCGGGCGGGAUUUCCGCAAUUAUAUCAAGUAUGGCGAAGACAUACGACUAUUUGUUUAAAUUACUGCUAAUUGGAGACUCUGGUGUUGGGAAGACCUGUGUCCUUUUCAGGUUUUCAGAAGACGCCUUCAACUCAACGUUUAUCUCAACUAUAGGCAUUGAUUUCAAGAUUAGGACAAUAGAGCUUGAUGGGAAGAAGAUAAAGUUACAGAUAUGGGAUACCGCUGGCCAGGAGCGCUUCCGAACAAUCACAACAGCCUACUACAGAGGAGCAAUGGGCAUCAUGCUCGUCUAUGACAUCACCAACGAGAAGUCUUUUGAUAAUAUCAAGAACUGGAUAAGGAACAUAGAAGAGCAUGCAUCAUCUGAUGUUGAGAAGAUGGUCCUUGGCAACAAGUGUGACAUCAAUGAGAAGCGGCAAGUGUCCAAAGAGAGGGGGGAGAAGCUUGCAUUAGAGUAUGGAAUCAAGUUCAUGGAGACCAGUGCAAAGGCCAACAUCAAUGUGGAAAAUGCAUUUUUAACACUCGCUAGAGACAUCAAAUUGAAAAUGGACACAAAAUUGGACGGCAACAUGCCACAGGGGAGCAGUCAUGGUGUCAAGAUCUCAGAGCCUCAGAAAAAGAUCAGCUUCUUCCGCUGUAGCCUACUCUGAGGACCGAGCGCUCUGAGCUGCCAGCUGGCUGGACAUAAAUGGACUGUGCUUGCUCUCAGCACUUCCACCCCUUUCCCUCUUUCUCCCAAACCAAUUGCCUGUCCUCCCACAGAAACCAUUACACUCCCAGUAAAUGGAGGACUUUCCCUCCUCCCUUCCACUUCUGAAAGCUUCCAGUGGUGCAUCUCUUCCACUUUUUUAAGAUCUUUUGUCUUCAUGGGUCAGACCUCAUGACUGGUGAAGGACUCAGCCUGGAGCAUUGUCCACAUGUUCCAUUUUACACAAAGGCACACUCAUACUUCUGAUGUUAAUCUCUUUUUUUUUUUCCUGUGCGUUCAUAUUACAUACAGCUGGUAGAACAACCAUGAAGGAGAACACAUUUAAUUUCAAGGUUUGGGGAUUAUAAAUACAAAGGUAAUAUUUAGAUCUAUUUUUUUAGUGCUUUUUCUUUUUUUAUGUGAUAAAUGCCAUCCAGAGACUGAUAGGCUUGAAAUCCAGUGAAACAGAACUGCGCAUGCUUUCGUUACAUUUCAGCAGGUAAGAGCCUUAUUAAGCAUAAUGACGUCAAGGGUCAGAAAGGAAUUGCUCUGAAAGGUUUUCCAUUUUAGUUCACGUAUUUGGUAAUGUGUCUAGUUCUCAGUGGGCAUUUCUUGUGACUAAAAAUUUGUUUCAUCGUUAUACAUGGCCUCCGGCUUUUCUCAGCCUUUCUUGAAAAGCUUUUAAGACAGUUUGGCAGCACAAAACCUAAAGAUGCAAUCCAGAUGUCUACAUGUGUAUGUCAGGUUGUGCUGUCAGAUUAUCAGCAGGACUCUGGUGAGGUGAAUUGUUUCUGCUUAAGCUUUCUCUGGUGUUCUAACUUGCAAGAAAGUGUUGUAUGUGCAGUGUUUUUGAGUACGCUGUGUGAACCGGAAAAUGGAACAUAGCCAGAGGUACUUCCACAGUUAAGCACGUUAAAAUUGUGAUUUUGGCAGAAGCAAUUUUGUUCAAUCUUUGGUAUGUAAAAUAGUGAAAAAUCCCUCAAAGUCCAAGGUGACGUCUUCUGAUGUCUUUUUGUCUGACCAACAGACCAAACACUUUUAGCUCACUAUCACAUAAGAGGAAGCAAAGUGGCAAAUCCUCACAUUUGAUAAGCUUGAACUAGAAAAUAUUUAGUUUUGCUUGAAUAAUUAAAGCCAUUAAUCAGUUAUCACAAUACAUGGUUUAGCAAUUUAUUGACAUGAAGGUUUUGCAGCGGCUAUGACUUGCUCUCAAGCUAAAUGACGUCUCUGGGUAUUUGAGUAACGGUUAAAAUCGUUCUUGAGGUUUCACACUGUAAGCCCCUCCUCCUGCUAUCCAGACAGCUCUCCUUGCACUUUACUAGUAACCUGUGCUUUGUGUGUGGUCUGUGCCAAACAAUAGUUUUGGAAUAUAAUAACUUAGUUGAAAAGUUUUGAUCUAACAAGUCUUGUUAAUAUUAUUGGCAUAAUUCCUGCACCUACUUUUGAAAGACUUGAUGCCUUUUGCUAUUUCACUGCUAGUGAUCCACUGUUGUGGCAUUAGUUUGAUGCAUUGACUGGGUAAAUUAUGGAUGCCAUGACAGCUGACAGAGGCAAAGCCACAGUGAGUUGCUCACCCCCUGGUGGCUGGUUGCAGUAUAGGUCAUAAAUUCUGCCCUCUCUGAACUAAGUACAAACCCAAAAGGUUUUCCCAUAGGUCACUUCUGUGGUUUUUGGUAGAUAUUAUCAUGCUGAUGUGUGUACAAGUGGUCAUUUUUCUAGUGGGGUUACUUUUAUUUUAUGAUAUAAAAAAUGGGUGUGUUUCGGCUGAUUUGACAGCUUUGAUUGGCAGUCGUAUGCUGUCACUCCACUUCUGGUAACUACUGCACAGAAUUGGCUUGCAAAAUGCCAAGAUGGCUGCCUCCGUAUUCAACUAAUUUUAGCUUUGCUUUUGUAUAGUGGAGGGAAGUGGUGAUGCGUCAUCCAUAGUUACACAGUCAAUGGUUUGCUGAAAAACAUUGCCAUAACCUACUUUAGCUAUAUAUAGUUAUAAAAUAAUUUGUAAUCUUUAUGCUACUGCCCUGCCAAGCUGUAGUUUAAACGUGAUAUUUCCUCAGCUUACAUGAAAGCGGCCUUGGCCUGUUACUAUUAGUGUGCAUUUUCUUGUGCAUUUGUUUCAUUGGAGCCCUCUACUUUGACGGCUAGGUGGCGUCAGAGGCACAGUAUGGACCAAGUGACCAUCCAAGCUCAAAUUUUAACCAGUAUUUUAUUAAGGCCAUGAGCCACAGUUAACUAGACCUGUAUGAAGUAUUUUCUACUUGCAUUUAAUAUGCUGUUGAGUGUAGGUUUGUUUCCUCUGUUACUCGCGCUUCAUUCCUACAUUUAUCGCUCGUCUGAAAAUCAAGCUCCAAUAUGCACAACAUCGAGAGAGGAUAUGUUUCUGCUUGGCUGCACCUUUUUAAUAUUGAAUCAUUUGGGACCUCAUGACCAACACAACCGUUUGUCUUAACUGUUAAAGCUCAUUUCUCUCCUAGGUGGAGCGCACUGAAUCUUGGACCUGUACUUCAUUGUGUAAUGUAGUUUUCAGACAUGCGUGUAGACCUGUACAGUUAAAAGUAUGGGGUUUUCUUUUUUUGUUUUGUCUUCACUGAGCCAAAAACAGAACAUGCUCUGUUUAUAGAAAAUGGCAUUCCUACAUCAAUGCAAGUAAAACUGAUCAUGAAUGAAGUCAGGGUGUUAUAAUGUGGAGAUAGUGUUUUCUCAUUGGAGUGAUACUGUAGCUUUAAGUCAUACACAGAAAAUUAGGGAGCAGACUUUUUUGUCUCAUUUUCCACUUUGAUUUUAUUUUUUCUUAAAACUAUCAUGUCAAAAUAUACUGUACACCCAUUUAUAUAGCCUUAUUUUCUUUCCAUCUGUUGUGUAGUGCACUGGGAGAAUAAUACAUUUUAGAAAAACAUUGUAAACAAGUCACUUUGGGGAAAAAAAGGUCUACUUAAACUGUACUGUACUUUCUAAACACAUGUAAAUGUAUCUACAGAAUGUAGAUAUGUGUGCUUUUGAUUUAAUAAAAUAAGAGAUAAAAC